AUGAUAUUGGAGUCUAUUUUUUCGUGCACGAAUCUAACGCUAACAUGCGGUUCGUCAAUUUACAUCUUGAUAAGACACUCUUACGCUCAGUAUUCGAAAUUAUUAACACAUGUUGCGUGUGCCUGUGCCAGUAUCGCUAUGAUUGGUUCUCGAUCAUUGAUCGUUCUUGUGUACAAACUUUUCUUUAAGGAUUAUACGUUUGAUCCGUUUAUGAUGCAGCUCGAGGAAGAAAGGAAUAAAGAACGAUUCAAUAUUGUAGACGAGAUCUUUCGAACCUUGAGCAUGGCCGGCUUAAUUUAUUCUUUGUACUCCUGUCAUGGAUAUUACGCGCUCGGUGCCUGUGUUGUAACCAGCUUAUCAAUUUUAGACUUGUUCAAACUGUACAGAAUAAAGAAGAAACAGACAGAGGAAAUGGAAAUGUCGCGUUUCUACGAUAAUUCAAGUGAAACGAAAGCAACCUACGAAUCAAGGCUUAACAUAUUCAAUUGGGUAAUUCUUGGUGGAAGUUUCGCGUAUACGGUAGGUAAUAAUUACGCUGUAGUAGCAAAUUAUCCUCUGCUCCUGGCGAAUUGGGCGCUAUCUCCGGAAGGAUUUUAUCAAGGAUGGACCAUGCGACGUACCAUUAACGAUUACUUGAUGGCGACUUACGUCAUGUGCAUGACGGAAGCUUUACGACAAGCUGGCACGUCAUAAAAAUGUUUCUCUCUCUCUCUCUCUCUCUCUCUUUCUCUCCCUCUGUUCCUCUUUGUUUAAUUUACAUAUACAUUUAUUGCAAUGUAUAUAUUUCUUGCAAUUAUUUAAAAUAUUGCUACGUUGUAUAUGAAAUUAAUAAUUCCUCUCUCUUUCUGUUUAAUAAUUUUUUCAAAGUUAUGUAGAGAUAAUAAGAAGCUAACCCGCGAGAUUCAUCCGCGAGACUGCUGUCUUGUUCGAGUUUCCUCGUGUCGUCAUAAAUAAAGUACGCUAGGUGAGCAAGCGAGGGGAAGUUUUCGACAAAGUUGUUCAAUAUGCGUCCAAAGGAAGUGAGAUAGAAUCUGUGAGCAUCUUUUAUCUUGCCAAAAAGCCGAUAAAUCGGGCUCGCCCCGGGGGCGAGACUGAACUCGUUCCAAAUCUGUCUCGUACUAUCUGUAUAUGCCUUUGAAAUCACGUAUUUUCUUUAAGACACACGAUAGUAUUUUUUUCAAUAAAAUUCAAAACAGACAACUUUUAUUCAUAUUUUCAACAUAAUCGUUAAUUAUUGUAAAAUAUUCUCUACGAACUUUGUGUAUAUUUUAAAUUGUCACCUGACGUGAAUGCAAAAUUCUAACCGAUUAAUCGUUCCUCAUGUUUUAUAAGAAAUCAUUAUUAAAACGUUGCAGAAUAACUUUAGAAAUGUGUAAACGCCAGCAAACGUGGUCAAUAAUUUUAAACACUUUUAUGAUUUCAUUUUCAUAUUAUGAUUUCAUAUCCAUCUCCCACUUUU